GAUGGGGUCUCGAUUAGCUUUCAAUAUAUAAUAUGAGUUUCAGCUUAAAGAGGUUAAAAUAUUUUUACUUUCUUACUCUAGUUUGAAAGCACACCUGUUUUUUUAGCGUUAGAAUGGAUUUCAGAAUUUCAUUGUAAAACUCAAAAAUUUAUAAUUGUGAUUCCAGGUUAAAACUAUUGAAAAUGGAAUUUCGAGAAAGGCAAAGCAGUUGAAGAUUGUAGGAAGUAACUAGGAAAAUUAAUUUUUUUCAUGGAUUGUAGGGAACCUGACACAAGAUUGUUUUUUAAAUUGUGAAGUUACUUUUUUUUUUCCCUUCUUUCUUCUCUUUAAACUCUACAACCACCGAGGAACUGGUUCACUGCCAUUAAUUAACAUCUUCUAGUACUUUAUGGCUGAAACUCCGAUCACUGUAACACGGCAGGUUGUGUUUCAGUUUGCUGGAGUAAAUCAGGCUGGGGCAAAUGCACGUGUGAGAAUGUUGACAGUAAUCUCUGACACAGGGAGGCAUUGGUAGGAGUUAUUCAUUAAUGUUUGAAAUAUCUCUUUUAGAUGAAUAAUUUAAAGAAACAGGUGGAAAAUAAAACCAAAUGCAUUGAAGAGUUGCAGCAGGAGAAUAAGGUGCUGAAAAAGAAAAUUACUGCAGAAAGCAAGAAAACCAGUAUUUAUGAAGGAAAGGUGAAUAAAUUGCAGUUAGAGCUGGAAAAUAUGAACAAGCAACAUAAGGAAACAGUUGACAGCUAUCAAAAAGACAUUGAAACAAAAAAAGUAAAUGAAAAUAAACUUCAUGAAGAGGUAGAAAAGUUGAAGUUGCUUUAUGAUGAAGCAACAAUGAUACAGAGAGAAACUGAUAUCCGAUGUCAGCACAAGAUAAAAGAAAUGGUGGCACUAAUGGAAAAACACAAGCAUGAAUAUGACAAAAUGGUUGAAGAAAAAGAUGCGGAGUUAAAACUAUAUAAAAUUAAGCAGCAAGAGCAGUUAUCAUCAGAAAGAUCACUGGAAAGUGAGCUGUCACGUUUGAAAAGCGAACUGUCAUCCCUUAAGGAACAACUGAAAGAAGAAAUCGAGGAAAAGGAGAAUCUUGUGAAAAAACACUCCCAAAAUAGGGUUCCUGAAACUGAAAUGGAGCACAAGACCUAUGUGAUCAAGACUCCUCCAGUCCAUACCCUGCAGGGGGAGAGAAGCACAACUCUGCCUCCCGAGCAGAGCACGAGGAAAAAGCAGAAAGUGCUUCUUCAUCUGGACACUCACUCGGACAGCUCUGAGCACAGUGACCUCCUGAGCAUGGUCUCGGAAGAGAAAAUGUUUAAGAAGUUGUACCAAGAUUAUCCUCAAGCUUCACAAUUACAUUCCACGGCACCAAAAAAGACCUAUGUGAUCAAGACUCCUCCAGUCCAUACCCUGCAGGGGGAGAGAAGCACAACUCUGCCUCCCGAGCAGAGCACGAGGAAAAAGCAGAAAGUGCUUCUUCAUCUGGACACUCACUCGGACAGCUCUGAGCACAGUGACCUCCUGAGCAUGGUCUCGGAAGAGAAAAUGUUUAAGAAGUUGUACCAAGAUUAUCCUCAAGCUUCACAAUUAUAUUCCACAGCACCAAAAAAGACGCCGACUCUCUCCAGUGUGAAAUCUCCAGGCUCUGCACUGAAACUCAAAGCCAUGAGGAAGAUGCACGAGGCAGGAUGGGCUGCGGUUUCCAAAGUGGACAGGAGAAGAAAAAUAAAAGAAGUUGCAAAGUUCUUUGCUUAAAAUGCAGAAAUGACCAGUGCCCUGGCAUUAUUUAUCAGUGCCAGUAACAGUGGCACUAAUAACAGUGUUGUUAUUCUUUCAGAGUUAGUACUUUGGUGCAUUUUUCUGUCAUACUCAGUGUGUUGAAUACUACAUUCAUUUCCAUUACACACAUAAACUUCACAGAUCCAGAGCUACAUCCACCUGCAGAGCCUUUCCCACCUUUUCCUCCUCUGUGCUAUAAAACAUCAGGACACAAAUUAGCCAAUUUUAAAUUUUGAAAUAAGUAUAACUACAUAGAAAGUUGUUUCCAAGCUGUUUCUGGCAUUAGAAAUACUGAUUUUAAAGAAGUUUAAUUCUGUUCUUUUAAAUUUACUCUUUUUCUUAAUACAUAAUUCACAGAAGAUACUUUGUGAAAGAAAUACUGAAGCUGUUAAAUGUGUGCACUUUCACCUGAAGUCAUCUUGCUUUUCCUGCAUUUUAAAUGUUCUUAGGCCUUUCCUUUUAGACUGUUUUGUUUUCAGUAGCUACUAUUUCAGUAUGUUAAAACAGUUCUGACACUUCUAAAAUUGAAUAGAAUUACUUCCAUUUAAAAAGAUUUCACUUCAUAAGGAAUAAAAUAUGCACACUCGUUAAGAUUGUAAAAACAAUGUCAAGAUGUCAUUAAAUUGUUGAUCUGAAAUAUAAA